AUGUUAAAGUCAUUCCGCAUCACUAAUGGAGGUACCAGUGGCAUUGGCAAGCUCACCUCAGCAAACAACUUCAACUCAUCACGGCGGCCAUCAACUCAAGACUCGGAAGAUGAUGUGGAGUUUGAUGAAGCAGAGGCAGAUUAUGAUGAUGAUGCACUUGUCGUUGAUAUUGAAGUUAUAUUGCCAGAAUCCAAUCAAGGAAGUGACUUUGCCACACUCAUAUGGGAUAGUAGUAUAGUACUAUCAUGGUACUUGAUCAAUGUAUUGUUCUGCAGCAACAACAAGAAGAACAUACCCUUGAUGACGACAACACUUGAACUUGGUGCUGGAACUGCAUUGCCUUCAUUAGUGGCAUGCUCAUUGGGUGCAGACACAAUCAUCACUGACAGGCUGGGGUCUGACUCCAAUGGUAUCUUUGAGAAUGUACGCAACAUCAUAAGACACAAUCAAAACAAUGGCUCAUUGAUCAACAAGCUAUCACCUCGAUUCAUUGAACUAUCAUAUGGAAUGUUCUCAUCUCAAGCCUUUGAGUUGCCAUCCGUCGAUUAUCUAUUUGCAUCCGACCUCUUUUAUAACAAUACUAGAGACUAUGACGACAUAUUCUCUACAUUCGCAUUCUUUGCCAACAAGAACAAGAAUAUCAACAUACUAUUCUGUUACCAAGUUAGGUCAGUUGAGAAGACAAUAUCCUACUUGAUGUCAAAGUGGAACUUUGUUGGAGAGGAGAUUGAGAAGGACUUCCUGCCGAUGGAUGUCGAGCUCAAGUCAGAAGUCAUCUUGUUUAGGAUACGACCCAAGUCACAUUCAUCAUAA